GGAAGUUGUUGCAUUUCGUUUGAAAAAAAAAAGGGAAACGCACAGCCAUUGGUGAAUUCUGUACGCAGACGUCACACAUUAUCCAAUCACGUGCCAGCGCUCUGUUACCACCCCCUGAGGUCAUGGUCGACUAGUCUUUAUAAACAGCCGCAGAGCAGGCUUGUGUGUAUUCUUUCUGCGUUUGUGGGAGAAGAUUUGCGACUGCAGUAAUGGCAAGAACUAAGCAGACCGCUCGUAAGUCCACCGGUGGCAAAGCGCCGAGGAAGCAGCUCGCUACUAAAGCUGCCCGUAAGAGCGCACCAGCCACCGGCGGCGUGAAGAAGCCCCAUCGUUACAGGCCCGGUACCGUGGCGCUGAGAGAAAUCCGCCGCUAUCAGAAGUCCACCGAGCUGUUGAUUCGUAAGCUGCCUUUCCAGCGUCUAGUGAGAGAAAUCGCUCAGGACUUCAAGACUGAUUUGCGCUUCCAGAGUUCCGCCGUCAUGGCCCUGCAGGAGGCCAGCGAGGCUUAUUUGGUCGGCCUCUUUGAGGACACCAACCUGUGUGCCAUCCACGCCAAGAGAGUCACCAUCAUGCCCAAAGACAUUCAGCUGGCGCGCCGUAUUCGUGGAGAACGCGCUUAAACUCCUGCCUAUCUCACCCCCAUCAACCCAAAGGCUCUUUUAAGAGCCACCUCAACUCCACUGAUCGAGACAAUUUCCUUUGUAAUAGUCGCUUUGGAUAAAAGCGUCUGCUAAAUGACUUAAUGUAAAUGUAAUAGUAUUUUCUGCAGUAAUGGUGUGGUCUUGAUAGUUGGAUGUCAAGUUAAAAAUGGUCAUUUUUCAUUACAUUACAUAAGGUCAGAAUAGUCCAAUACGAGAAAGAUGUAAUGUCACAGGCACAGUAAACUUAGCAGAGGUAUUUCUCGAAAACUCGCCCUAGAAAUAAAAAUCAGUUUGGCCAUUUCUCGUAAGAGUUUUCUGUAGUAAUCGUUUCAUUUCGAUGAAUAUAAAUACACAUCA